CAUCAAAAACCGACCGGCCGUUUCGAUGCCCAGCAUGAACUGCGAAAGAUGGAUCUAUCGCAUGGGCAUUGAUGUUCUGCAUGGCUUUCCCCACAGGCAUGCCUGAUGACUGGAGUCCUUGGCAUGUCCACUGUGCCUGACAUACUGGCUAUACCCUUCUCCUUGUUGGAGGCAGAGUUUCUACUCUAUGCAUACCUGUGUCUCCAGGCUGUUCAAAGAAGUCCUGCAGAAGACGGCGUUGCAGGCUUGCAAAAGGCCACAGACAUCUCUGGCAGGGGAAGAGGCUGGAUUAUAGCACCUUGCCUUUUCCAGGCCAUCAGUGGCUUGUGGAUCUGGAAGUCGAUUUGGAAGCAUCCAAAACGUCCAAGUCCUGGCGACUGGCACCAAACCUAUGCUAUCUAUAUGCCAAUCAGUGGGCUUUGGACACCAUGGCCAGGACGAUGAUGCACUGCGCGCAUUGAUCAGCCUCAGAAGAUUGAGCAGGCUCAGCACUGGUGCAUACCAUCCUUUUGGCAUGUCGAGGAUCCUCUGCCUCCUUUUGCAUUUGACGAAGAGCAGUUGGGAUCACUCUCAAGGGCUUUCAUUUGGGCUUCCGCUUGUUCUGCCAGGGUCUGACUGAAAGCCUUUGAAGGGCCCAGGCUCUCCACAAGAAUUGGAGGAGACAGUUUCCCUUCUGCCUGGCCGAGCGGUGAGCAACACUGAGCCACGGCAACCAAUGAUGGCAUGGGG